CACAGGUACGACGUGCACUAAACUCUCUUGAAUGGGGUUAAGGUGUGUCCUAGUGACUCUUUUAGGUCGACUGAAAACAUUUCCCGCAGAGGAACGGCAGAACUCAACGCUUCAGGAAAUCUUUUUAGGAUUUAGGAGUACUAGAGGAAAAAGCGGAAUAUGGCGGUGUCCGAGAGCUACAGGAUUUUAUUAUUUUUGGCGUGUGUCAUUUUUGCUUCUGCCCAGCCAGGCACAGGCAAAGGACGAAGUUUAGUAGUGAUACAGAAUGAUGCAGGCCACAUGUUUGUCGAUCAGAUCGCUAGAGAAACUCUGCAGAGCAGUCUGACAACAGUCUUCAUGCCUAUUAUUUACAUAAUAGUCUUCGUGGUCGGGUUGCCAACCAACGCAAUGGCCAUAUACGUCCUCCUGUUCAGGUCAAAGAAAGUACACCCAGCUGCCAUUUACAUGGGCAACCUGGCACUUGCAGACCUGAUGUUCGUCAUCUGGACGCCUCUAAAGAUUGCUUACCAUUUAAAAGGGAAUAACUGGACGUAUGGCGAGGAGAUGUGCAAAGUAUCAGUGGGCUUCUUCUACGGGAACAUGUACUGCUCCAUCCUCUUCAUCACUUGCUUAAGCGUCCAGCGAUACUGGGUCUGCGCUCACCCGCUCACCCAGCAAAGAAGAGACAACAGGUUGGCUAUCAUCAUAUCUGUGUGCGUCUGGGUCUUCAUCGGGGUCAGCACAACACCUCUAUAUCUCUACAAUCAAACCGUUCAACUGCAAGACCUCAACAUCACUACCUGCCACGACGUCAACAUCAUCACCAAGAAGAGUUUCGAUAACCACAAUGCGUUUUUGGAUGUACAGGAGCCCUAUUAUUACUUCAUGGUGAUGGCAGGUCUGGUGUUCUUCGUCCCAAUGGUGGUCAUCAUCAUGGCUUACGUUCUCCUCCUUCGCUCUCUUGGCAACUCGUCAGUCAAAGGCAGUGCUGGAAAAAGCCGCAAACGAGCCGUGAUUCUCAUCGUCACGGUGCUCAUUACGUUUUUGGUUUGCUUCAUCCCAAGUAAUGUGAUGCUGGUGGUGCACUACUCUCUCUUGCGAAACAAUAGCUUUAACGCCAGCUAUGGAUUUUAUCUCACCGCGCUCUGUAUAGCAAGCCUCAACAGCUGCCUCGACCCGUUCAUCUAUUAUUACGUCUCGGAUGAUUUCAGAGAGGAAGUUAAAAACACGCUGCAGUGCCGCAGCAGUCGUACGGUGGAGAGAAUGAGGGUCUCGUUCAGCUCUAUGAAGUACUCUAAAAGGACAAACACGUAUACAUCCAGCUCGGGCAACACGGAAACCAGCACUUGCUGAGAGCAUGAUAAAACUGAUACAUAUUUAUCUGUAGAGUUCAUUGAAACACUGUAAAUAAACUGUUUUUUUUUCAGACCUUCGUGACAAAACGUUUGAACGGAACAAACUGUUUCUUCAACAAAAGCAUUGAGUUUGCUCUCAGGGCUGUUUUGUAACACUUGAAGAGAAGCAUCCGAGCCAAAUUGUUCUGUUGUUACGUGAGAUGUGCUUGCGAAAGAUAUUUAAUACAAAUUUAUGAGCCUGUGA